CGGAGGAGGAGAAGCGAUGAAGCAUUUCUAAGACGUUACAGCGUCUGUCCUCGCAGGGAUUCUACGGCCGCCGCCUACAUGACCAAAGACGCGAGAGAAGCCACACAAAAAAGCCGAACGUAACAACCAUGCAGUUCAAAUACAGACGGAUUUGAGCUCGCUCCUGCGACCAAGGUGACAUCGCCGCAUCCUUCUUGGUUCUCCUCAGCUGCGCCUCCUCCUCCUCAUCAUGUCCGUGCAAGGGCACGGCUACCCCGAGCCGUUACUGCCGCUCCAGGCCGGUCCGGAGCGGAUGCGGGUGGAGAUCGAGCGGCUGUCCCGGGAGCUGAGCCAGACCACGGGCGAGAAGAUCCAGGCUGCCGAGUACGGACUGGCGGUGCUGGAGGAGAAGCAGCAGCUCAAGCAGCGGUACGACGAGCUGGAGGUGGAGUAUGAAGGUGUCCGGCAGGAGCUGGAGCAGAUCAAGGAGGCCUUCGGACAAGCCUACUCCAACCACAGGAAAGUGGCGGCGGACGGAGAGAGCCGCGAGGAGACUCUCAUCCAGGAGUCGGCGUGCAAGGAGGCCUACUACGAGCAGAGGGUCCUGGAGCUGCAGAAUGAGCUACGCCAGACCCGCAGCGUUGUCGCCAACGCCCAGUUUGAGAACGAGCGCCUGACGACCAUCGCGCAGGAGAUGAGAGAGGGCAACCAGAUGCUGGAGCUCCAGAGGAACCAGCUGCGUGACGACAUCAAGGAGUACAAGUUCCGGGAGGCUCGUCUGCUGCAGGACUACACGGAGCUUGAGGAGGAGAACAUCUCGCUGCAGAAGCAAGUCUCCGGGCUGAAACAGAGCCAGGUGGAGUUUGAGGGUUUGAAGCACGAAAUCCGCCGUCUGGAGGAGGACACGCAGUUCCUCAACAGCCAGCUGGAGGACGCCAUCCGCCUGAAGGAGAUCGCCGAGCGUCAGCUGGGCGAAGCCCUGGAGACCAUCAAGACCGAGCGGGAGCUGAAGGCGUCCCUGAGGAAGGAGCUGUCGCACUACAUGAACAUCGGAGACACGCUCUACAACAGCUCCCUCUGCAUCUCCCUGGACGGGCUGAAGUUCUACGACGACGCCGCCAGCGAGCCCAACAACGACGAGGCCCUGCACGGCUACGACAACGGCUUUAGCAAACUGCUCAGCGACGACAACCGCGUGUCCAAGGAGGAGGAGCUCUUCCGUCCGGUGCCGAGUCUGGUGGACGACCUGCUGAGCGAGCUCAACAUCUGUGAGAUCCAGAAGCUCAAGCAGCAGCUGGUGCAGAUGGAACGCGAGAAGGUGAACCUGCUCUCCACCCUGCAGGACUCCCAGAAACAACUGGAGCAGGCCAACGGUGCUCUGUCUCACCACCAGGAGAAGGUGAACCGCCUGACCGAGAACCUCAACGCCAUCCGGAAGCUUCAGGCCAGCAAGGAGCGCCAGUCGGCCCUGGACAACGAGAAGGAACGUGAUAGCAACGAGGACGGAGACUACUACGAGGUGGACAUCAACGGACCGGAGAUCCUGGAGUGCAAGUACAAGGUGGCCGUGUCAGAAGCCGGGGAACUGAAGGAGGAACUGAAGACCCUGAAGGCAGAAUACCAGACUUGUCAGUCGCGUUACCAAGAGGAGCGCACGCGGCUGGAGAACCAUGUCAGCUCACUGGGAGAGAAGCUGAGCUCUCUGGAGAAGACCAGUGGUCUGGAGAAGGAGGAGAAAGUGAAGCUGGAGAAGGAGCUGCGCAAGCUUAGCGACGUCGCCGGCGAGUCUCAGGGCAGUCUGAGUGUGGCUCAGGACGAGCUGGUCACAUUCAGCGAAGAACUAGCGACCCUCUACAACCACGUGUGCAUGUGCAACAACGAGACCCCCAACCGCGUCAUGCUGGAUUUCUACAAGGAGGGCAAAGGCGGGCACAGCAGCCCGGAAGGACGCGGACGGCGCUCUCCCAUCCUGCUCACCAAGGGCCUCUUCCCAGAGCCUCUGAGAAACGAUCUGAGCGACGGUUCCCUGUCACCCGGCUCCUCCCUGUCUUCUCCCGUGUCGGACCACCGCCGCGAGCCCAUGAACAUCUACAACCUGGUGGCCAUCAUCCGAGACCAGAUCAAGCACUUGCAGCUAGCCGUGGACCGCACCACGGAGUUGUCGCGCCAGAGGGUGGCCUCUCUGGAGCUGUGCACGGUGGCCGACAAGGAUAAGGAGGCCUGCAUGGAGGAGAUCCUGAAGCUCAAGUCCCUGCUCAGCACCAAGAGGGAGCAGAUUGCCACUCUGAGGACCGUGCUGAAAGCCAACAAGCAGACCGCUGAAGUUGCUUUGGCCAACCUGAAGAGCAAGUACGAGAACGAGAAGGCCAUGGUGACGGAGACCGUGAUGAAACUGAGGAACGAUUUGAAAACUCUGAAGGAGGACGCCGCAACCUUCUCUUCCCUGCGAGCCAUGUUUGCCACACGGUGUGACGAGUACGUGACGCAGCUGGAGGAGAUGCAGAGGCAGCUGGCGGCGGCGGAGGACGAGAAGAAGACCCUCAACUCUCUGCUCAGGAUGGCCAUCCAGCAGAAGUUGGCCCUCACGCAGCGUCUGGAGGACCUGGAAUUCCACCACGAGCAGUCGCGCCGCACGGGCGCCGCCGCCGCCCGUUCCAAGGCUCGCCACAGGGCGUCCGCCGCCGCUGCCGCCGCUGCCGCCGCUGCCAACACCAUGCCGCUCCUCGCCCGCGCCGCAGAGCGGCCCGAUGCCGCGCCCGCCAGCAUUGUGGGAGGUCCCGGCGUCUUCUGCAGCGAGAAGUACAAGAUCUACUGCGACUGAAGGGAGGCGGGGCUUGUUGGCCACGCCCACUUUUCUUAGUGUUUAAAAAAGCUCGCUUUGCUUUCUGGUCCGCCUUCAUGACUUUUGUUUGACUAACAUCCGCUCGUGUCACGCUUGCAGAGCGCAGGUGUGUCCUGCACAGGUGUGUCCUGCACAGGUGUGUAUGUCCUGUACAAGUGUAUUCUGCACAGGUGUGUCCUGCACAGGUGUGUCCUGUACAGGUGUGUAUGUCCUGUACAAGUGUAUUCUGCACAGGUGUGUCCUGCACAGGUGUGUCCUGUACAGGUGUGUUCUACGCAGGUGUGUCCUGUACCGGUGUGUUCUACGCAGAUGUGUCCUGUACAGGUGUAUCCUGUACAGGUGUGUUCUACGCAGGUAUGUCCUGCACAGGUGUGUUCUGCACUGGUGUGUUCUACACAGGUGUGUCCUGCACACGUAUACCUGUACAGGUGUGUUCUACACAGGUGUGUCCUGUACAGGUGUGUCCUGCACAGGUGUGUCCUGUACAAGUGUGUUCUACACAGGUGUGUCCUGCACAGGUGUGUCCUGCACACGUAUACCUGUACAGGUGUGUUCUACACAGGUGUGUCCUGCACAGGUGUGUUAUACACAAGUGUGUUCUACACGGGUGUGUCCUGUAUGCUUUCCAGGUGUGGGCGGCAGUAGACCGACUCGGCAUGUGGACUCUAGUCGCUCAAGAUGUAUUCAGGCUCUUUAGGGACAUUCUGGCUCGUGUUUGCGUGCGCGCGCGUACCAAGCGCCACUGGUCCAGAGUGCGUUGCCUAUAGCAACACCACACGACGGAGAUGAUAUUUGCGUCUGUAAGCAAAAUGUUCUUCAGUUCAUCAAAUCUCCAAAAAGACGAGAGACAAAUUGCAAAAAAAACAUUUGUCGUUAUUAAAAUGACAAGCGAGCAGUUGACUUUGAAAGAAGGGGGAAAAAAGCAGAAAUGAAGAGAAGAAAGUCACAAAUUAUAAAUAUGCUUGGCAAAAAAGUGCCUAAUAACUCACACACGUAACCUGUUGUGUCCUACGGUCCAUCAUCUUGGUCGCCAUGACGACCGCAUCGGCUGCCAGAUGAUGGAAGGUAACGUGUGUUUCACCCCCUGGUGUGUAUGUGCGUGCGUGUGGGUGGGUGUUGCCACAGAAGCUUUAAAUUGUGUGUGUUUUGUUACGAAGUGAAGUUAGUUUUUGUUUACGAUCAUCAACUUUCAUGUUCUUGAUGCAAAAAAAAAAUGUAAAAAGCAGGGUUGACGUUAGGAUUCCUGCAAGAUUCAGCAAAUUUUGCAAUUUUUUUCUACGUACAAAAAGAUUCUAUAUUCUUAAGACGAACUUAUUGAUCUUGCAGGAUCCUGCCAGCGUUUGGGGGAAAAAAGACUUAAAGCACAUCAUCUUCAGCCCUGCUUCAGCGUAAACGUAACUAUUCACUUGAAGUAUUUCCUGUAUGUGCGUCCUUUUUUUUUAUUUUUUAUUUUUUUUUAUUUUUAUAUUCGAUCUCGACUCUACGGAACCCCUUAAGGGACA